CCGGAUCUCUGCCCUGAUGAUACAUGUCCAAUAAAAAAAUAAUAAACCCUCUUAUUCUUUGCUCACUUCAGUCCACAUUCAAGGCCCUUUCUCUCUUCCUUAGUGCCAGCUGUUGCAAUUCCCUUUUUUAAUUUAUUUAUUUAUUUAUUAUUACUCACAAAAAUCCCUUCUCAGUGCUAGUUGUUACAAGUACGUUUUCCCUUCUUUUCUCUUUCUCUCUCAUGAAAUUACGUUUCCACUCUUUCUUUUUCUUUCUCUGUAUCUGUCACUACCUUUACUCUCUUUCUCUCUUCCCAUUCCGUCACUACCUUUACUCUCUUUCUCUCUUCCCCUUCCCAUUUCUGUUACUAUUCAAAAAACUCUGUUGUGUGUGUUGUGCCAUUUUUUUGCGUCUUCAUUAAUCUUCUGUUCCUUCCUCUUUCUCUUCCUCAUCUUCUCCUCUUUUCUUCCGCUUAAGGGCCUUCUUUGUUAGAUUUUUUUUCACUUUGGUUUUUAUAUUGCUUUGGACGGAAAAAAGGUGUGACCUUUGUCUUUUUUAUUCCUUUUGUCUAAUUUUUUGUGGUGAUUUUUGGGACAGGCUAACGGCGGUGCUGAAGGUCACGACGCUUUGUCCAUGCAAGGGCCUUCUUUGUUUGGUUUUUGGGACAGGCUAACGGCGGUUCUAAAGGUGACGGUGCUUUGCCAUGCAAGGGCCUUUUUUGUUCGAUUUUUUUUCGCUUUGGUUUUAAUAUUGCUUUGGACGGGAAAAAGGUGUAACCUUUGUCUGAUUUUGACGAGGUUCCAUGCAAAAAAGGCUAACGGCGGGGCUGAAGGAAAAAGCUGUGACCUUUGUCUAAUUCCAACUAGGUUCCACGGAAAAAAGGCUAACGGCAGUUCUGAAGGUGACGGUGCUUUGCCAUGCAAGGGCCUUCUUUGUUCGAUUUUUUUCGCUUUGGUUUUAAUAUUGCUUUGGACGGGAAAAAGGUGUGACCUUUGUCUGAUUUUGAUGAGGUUCCACGCAAAAAAGGCUAACGGCGGUGCUGAAGGUGACGACGCUUUGCCAUGCAAGGGCCUUCUUUGUUCAAUUUUUUUUCGCUUUGGUUUUAAUAUUACUUUGAACGGGAAAAAGUUGUGACCUUUGUCUGAUUCCGACGAGGUUCCACGGAUAAAAGGCUAACAGCAGUGCUGAAGGUGACGGCGCUUUGCCAUGCAAGGGCUUUCUUUGUUCGAUUUUUUUCGCCUUGGUUUUAAUAUUGCUUUGGACGGUAAAGAGGUGUGACCUUUGUCUAAUUCCGACGAUGUUCCCUUUUUAUCUAUUUUCCCCUUGGACAGAAACAUUUCACAACAAUAUGAUUCGCAGGUCAGUGUUGAAGAAUAAAGGUUCCAUUUUUAUCUAUUUUAUUCCUUUUUGUUGUCUAAUUUUUUGUGGUGAUUUUUGGGACAAGCUAACGGCGGUGCUGAAGGUGACGAUGUUUUGCCAUGCAAGGGCCUUCUUUGUUUGGUUUUUUUUUUCUUUGGUUUUUAUAUUGCUUUGGACGGGAAAAAGGUGUGACAUUUGUCUGAUUCCGAUGAGGUUCCCUUUUUAUCUAUUUUCCCCUUGGACCGAAAAAAAGGUGUGACUUUCGCAACAAUAUGAUUCACAGGGCAGUGUUGAAGAAUAAAUGUUCCAUUUUUAUGUAUUUUAUUCAUUUUUUUAGUCAAUUUUUUUGUGGUGAUUUUCGGGAUAGGCUAACCGCGGUGCUGAAGGCGACAACACUUUGCUGGAUUUGUUCUUUAUUUAUGAGAAUAUUUGUGAUUUUUCUUUUUUCCCAGGAAACUCCUCUUUUCUGGAAGACUAAAGGUGUCAUUUUUAUCUUCCAAAUCUAUUCCAAUCACACUAUUUUUCCUAUUUUUCCUGAAACCUAAUCAAUUUUUUUGCCUCAUUUUUCGUGGUCGAUUUUUGGGACUGGGUGUAAUGUUUUUGUAAAUCUAACAUGUUGAGACAACCCUUCACAAGGCAAUAGAACAUUGUCAUCCAAACCUGUGUUGUUUCAUCCUCUGGCAUAACCUUUAGCUGUACCUUCUUUCUUUCACUCUAUUCUAUGUCUUUGUGAAUUUGUUAAUGUUGUUGUCAUAGUUGUAGUGUUUUGAAUUAGUUAGUUUUUGUGAUUUGUUACCCUUUUUUUGUUUCAUGAGCUCGAUAUUGUUGGUUUUGAAUUUAACAAUUAUUUUUCAAAGCUUGGAUUUUUGUUUCUGUUUCAGAUUCUACAGUGUGAUAGUUUGUGGGAGAUUUGGAUUUUAUUUGUUGUGAUUUUCUUUAUUAAAGUUCUUUUUUCUUGCAAUUUUUAUUAUAACCUUACAUUGUUUCUUACAGGAUGGUGAAGCUACAUCUGAGAAGGUGACCAACAAUUACCAUGUUCUGAGACAAAUAGAGUGAUGAUGACCCCAUUUUGAUUGAUGGAGAAAUUUUUAUGUUACUUUGUUUUAACAGUUUAAAGUUGUAAUUUAAUCAUUAUGGUUUUCAAGCAAUGCAUUUUUAAUAUUACUUA